UUGUAUCGCGGUUGUAAACGUUCGCCAAUCAGAAAUACCUGCAGAGUUCGCGAAAAUUGUUGUAUCAUCACAUUUUAACGGUAUGUGGAGAACAACGGAGUGGUUGGUUCUAGUUUUAGUGCUGAUGUUUGUAACAAUUGGCAAAACAGCUAGUGAAGAUCUUACGAUGACGGUUAAGUUUUUGCAAGAACAAGUGGAGGCGCUUUUAAGUCAUCGGCAAGAAGAGUAUAAUGCUUUGGAAAGUAGCCUGAAGCGUGCCAUUGAGAAAAACACGGAAUUGAUUGUGCUGAAAAAUGAAGUAAAACAGUUGAGGAAGGAAGUGACGCUACUUCGCGGUGGAAGUGGCAACGAAGCGAAGAACGAAAAGUUAAGGGUGCGCUGGUUGGGGAGCGCUGUUACUGAAUUACAAGCCGAAGUUGCUGAAGUACUUCGAACGAGAAAUGCUAGCGAGGAACUUGCCGAGCGUUCCAGGAUGCGUAGCGAAUUGACUCUUCUUCGUGGUGACGUAGCCGAAGUCGGUCGCGGGAUCCGAAGCCUCGGAGUACGGAUCACGCGUAUCGAGGCGACCCUGGGUACGAUGCGGGUGGAUAUCGGGACGGUCAAAGAACGAUCCACUCAGAUUUCGCGAUCGUGCGCCGAAGUCGUUAGUCAGAUGUCAAGUGUCCAGAUUGAAAUGAAAUCCUUGAAAUGCCGACCUGAGAUAUCCAUGCACUACAAGGAUAACCCAUCUCUUCAGCACAAUAAUAUUUACAACGAGAUCAGAAGACAACACAUCAAUCACCACACGCGACACAGCCUUUUACGAGCGUCAUCGAAUCGUUACAUAGAAGAGCGAUUGAUGAAUCUCGAGCGUAAGAUUUCAAUGGUCUCUCGGAAACGCGGACUCGUUGAGAAACGUGUUAUAUACGAAAAUCAAGAUUAUGUAACAAAGCAUUUAACUGCUUUAGAAACCGUUCAGCACAGUUUUUCAAAACAGCUGUUUAACAUAUCGCGAGAAGUAACGGCUGUCUCUAAGGUACGGGAAUCGAUGGUGGAACUGUUCGAAUCUAUCCAAGCAAUCGAAGACAAAGUUGACACGAAUCAACCGGACAUGAAACGAGAAAUCGCACGAUUGGACGUCAACGCGGCGAGGAAAGCAGCAGAACUUUCUCUUACGCGUGAGGAACUUGGGAAUUUACGUCGAAUGGUGCAAGCUCUGAGCGUAAGUGCUUCUAAACUCCAAGAGAAGAGCGACCAGCAACAGGAAAUGAUUGGGAACAUCAACAUCACUUUGGCGACUCUGGAUUUGACCCAGUCUUUGGAUACGGCGACCAACAUCACUCACGAAUUAGAGCACGUUGAAGACCAAUACAGACUGAUAGUCGAUGCUCUUCCUGGAAACUGCAACGACAGAGAUGGACUUACUCUUUUUGCACCAGGUCCAGGUGCGCCGUUGCUCGCGUCUUGUAAUAAAGGAUGGUUAGUCGUAGCACGACGAAUCGACGGAAUGGUCGAAUUCGAUAGAUCUUGGAACGAUUACGCAGCAGGAUUCGGAUCGCCGGUCAAUGAAUUCUGGGUGGGAAAUGAAGCGCUGCACCGACUGACAAGAGAUAACUGCACACGAUUGAGGAUUGACCUCGUUGACAUCUAUGGCGGGCACUGGAGGGCGGAAUACGAAUCGUUCAGGGUUGACUCCGAUGAGGCCAACUACAGGCUCCAUGUUUCAGGCUACUCAGGAAAUGCUACAGACGCAUUGUCCUACCAGAAUGGAAUGGCUUUUAGUGCGAAGGACCGCGACUUGGAUAUAAGCUCAACGGACUGCGCUGCCAAUUAUCACGGCGGUUGGUGGUUCAGUCAUUGUCAGCACGCUAAUCUCAAUGGUAGAUAUUCUCUAGGACUCACGUGGUUUCAGUCACCCACUAACGAGUGGAUGGCUGUUGCAUCCUCGGAAAUGUCCAUACAACGUAAACAAGAAUGUUGAUACGUCAAGAUAUUCGGAGGCUGUUUUCUACACGGAAAAAAAUACGAAGUCAUUCAUAUUGAACCAUGUCAGGGUUUAAUUAAUAUUACUACUGCAUCUAAUCGUAGCAAAAGACACUGCAAUCGAUACAACACAAAACACGUUUUUUUCAAUACUUUAGUAGUAGGAGUUUACUGGAUUCAAUCAGUCAGCAAAUGAUGAUUCUCACCGCGCUCGAGAGAUUGUUUGCUUUGAGUAAUUAUUGCGACACAUCGUGCCUAAAGAAUUUUUUCACUACCACUAA